AUGUCGUAUCCUCACGCAUCGUGGUCACCAAAGACCGAAAUGGAACACGGACAGUUUGACCCAUCUCAAGGAAUGGGUGGUGACUCUCCAAGACAUGUCAGUGGAGGCGCUCAGCAGUCUUUUGCCUACGUCGGCUAUUCCCAAGAUCCCCGUGGGAACAUCAGACCUUCAUCUGCGAGCCCCACAUCGAGUUUGUCAGGCGCCAUGGGAGACGCUCAUAUAUCUUCCACGUCGCAAAUGCCUGGUACAGUACCAUCAGGCAUGACAUGGCCUGUACAUAGUGCAUAUACAGACGAAGCUCAGAUGGCCUCAUACAUCUCUACUCCUCCGACACCAGCAUCAGCCAGCCCAUCCGGAACGUUCUCAGUGUAUUCUAUUCAGCCCUAUAAUCAGCCUAAUCCCAAUCAUGAUAUUUACGGCCAAAACAUACCCUCGCCCUCUAUAUACGCGGAACAGCAAUUUGCGUCACAGCAAGCCCGUUCACAGAUGCUUCAUGCUAUGACCCCCUCACCCACGACGCCUUCCUCGGCGAUGACCUUGCCAACAAACCCAAUGCCUGCCAUCAAUCGCACCUCCCGGCCCUCUCGGGAAAGCUUGGAAGACGAGAUUCACCGCCUGCGACAGCGUGUAAUGGAGCUGGAAAACGCGCGAGAGGUGGAGGUACAGCGCACACAUCAUUUACAGCAGGAACUCAACCGCAUCACGUACGGCCUCUCCGCUCCCGCUAGUGGCAGCGCCCUUCCGUCGCCUCUGCCCACGCCAACAUACCCACCUGCACUCGAAGAGAGCUGGCGCAGACGUACUGAUGCCCGCCGGAAGAUCUUCUGCUCCGUGAACCGCGCAGGCAACGCGCUCUGCGCAUGGCAUGACUCUAGGCGCGAGCGCCGUGCGUUCCCGCCGCGCAAUGCGCCCCUAGGCAUGCUUAACUGCGGCUGCACGUUCGAAGAGGCGCUCUUCGAGGAGAGCCUGGCGCGCCACAACGUCGGCAGCUACCACCCGGGCGAGUCCGUGCGCAUGGAUCCCGCGCUCCGGAACCCCUUGCUCAAGCUGCUCCAAGAACGAUAUGGCUACCGCGAUGGCGACUUCGACUUUGAUCCCGUCACGCGCACAUGGCAGAAUGGCGAAGAUGCGACGUAUUGGGAGCAGAAGCUCGCUGCUGGUGCAGCCAACUCCCGGAGGGCACGCGCUGAAGAGCGCCGUUGA